AAUAAGAACAACUAAAUAUCUGAUGGUAGAACAGGCAUUAGUAUUGUGGAUUGAUCAGGCUAAUAAUAAUAAUUAUAUACUUACUGGACAUAUAGUUCUUACCAAGGCUACUUAUUUUGCACAACAUUUUGAAAUUCAGAAUUUUAUAGGUUUACCUGGCUGGUUUAAUCGAUUUAAAAAACAAUAUAAUAUUCAAAAGUAUAUUCAUUAUGGAGAAGCAAACUUAACAUCUUUAGAAGAUCUUACUCAACAAUGUCAUAAUCUUCAAAAUCUUUUAUCAACAUGA